AUGUCUAUGCUGAGGAUACUGCUCAAGUGUGGGGGGAAGCAGCUGAGACCGCACCGGGAGAAAUUCUGCUAUCGCGACAUUGUCAAGUUCAGCUGCUUUGGCGUGGUGGCCCAUCCCGGGAGUUUGGUCCUUUGGGUACCCGGGGGCCGUAUCCAACUGCAGUAUGCUGUCACGGUCACGAUGACCCGCUCAUUCAAGUUGCGCCUGUGGGUGGACAUCAAUUUUAUUGAGGUUAAAGCCCCUGGCUCGUGCUUCUUGCAAGUCGCUGAGGGCAAGCAUCGGUCUCGCGAAGAUGUGCUUGACUGUGCCAUACAGUUGUGGCCUCCCUAG